UAAUUUUUGAGUUCCGUUCCUUGUCUUUUGGCUUUAUUAUUUCACUUUACUUUAUUGUUUGUUUAUCUUUUUUCAUAAUUUGUUUUGUCGUGUUUGCAACUUUGCAUUCAGUUUCUUCAAUAGUUCUCCUGUUUGCUUAUGAAUUCUUAAUGCUGUUAUCCGGUUUUCUUGUUCGAAUUUGAAGUGCAAGAAAUCAUUUCCAAAUUGUUUACUCUUUCUUUCAUUAACUAUUUAGUUUUUGGAUAGUGUGGCCUUCUUGGUUAACCGGGUGGAUUCUUGGAGACUUCGCUUGUGGUUUGUGCAAUUUCUGCUUCUUAUGGGAUGUGAUCAUGUGGAACCCUUCAAUGGAUAUUUGUCUCGUAUAUUUGGAAGGGAAAAAAGUUGGUUUAUUUGGGACUUAAUCACGUGGACUUGCAUUUUUGGGUUUUGGACUGGACAAUCGACAAUUUGUCCUGUAACCAUUUAGUCAUUCGCACUGAUUAUGAAACUAUCUGUUGUGAGCUCUACGUGCAUUUCUCUCUCAGUUUUGGGAAUUCUACAUCCAUGAUGGGUAGGAGUUUAAAAUUCUUUUGAAGGUCCAAAGGAAGGGGGAGGGGGUUCAUAAAACUGACAAUGGAGCAAUAUGAAAUUCUAGAGCAGAUAGGCAAAGGUUCCUUUGGUUCAGCUCUUCUUGUGAGGCAAAGACAUGAAAAGAAGAAGUACGUAAUGAAAAAGAUCCGUUUGGCUCGUCAGACUGAUAGAGCCCGCAGGUCUGCCCACCAGGAGAUGGAACUUAUUUCAAAAGUAAGAAAUCCUUUCAUUGUGGAGUACAAGGAUUCAUGGGUAGAAAAGGGAUGCUAUGUCUGCAUUAUCAUAGGGUACUGUGAAGGUGGAGAUAUGGCAGAAGCUAUAAAAAAGGCUAAUGGUGUUCAUUUUCCUGAGGAGAGACUUUGCAAGUGGCUUGUUCAACUACUAAUGGCACUGGAUUACUUGCAUGCCAACCAUAUACUUCAUCGUGAUGUCAAAUGUUCAAAUAUAUUUUUGACAAGAGAUCAAGACAUACGCCUAGGUGAUUUUGGUCUUGCUAAAAUGUUAACUUCUGAUGACUUUGCUUCUUCUGUUGUUGGAACCCCCAGUUACAUGUGCCCUGAGCUUCUUGCUGAUAUACCUUAUGGUUCCAAGUCAGAUAUUUGGUCUUUGGGAUGCUGCAUGUAUGAAAUGGCUAAUCACAAGCCAGCAUUUAAAGCUUUUGAUAUGCAAGCAUUGAUAAACAAAAUAAAUAAGUCUAUAGUAACUCCUCUUCCUACUGUGUACUCUGGAGCACUCCGAGGGAUUAUUAAAAGCAUGCUGCGGAAGAAUCCAGAAGUUAGACCAAGUGCUGCAGAGUUGCUCAGUCAUCCUCAUCUUCAACCUCAUGUUCUCAAGAUUCAUCUAAAAUUGAAUAGCGCCAGGCAGAAUACUUUCCCUGUCCAUUGUGUUGAAUCCAACUUUGUCGAGAAAACUAGAUUCAUAGAGUCAGAAGCUGUCCCCAUUGUUACUGACAGAGAGAAAAGGCGAUCAUUCAGCAAUGACUGCACCUUGAAUCCUAGUAUAUCUGAAACUGAGCUAAACUCUGCAGAUUCUUCACAAAGAGCAGAGCAAUUUCCAAGCUAUUUGAAUCAACAGUAUAAAGAAAUAUCUGUUGGUGUUGUCCGUGAAGAGAUUAAUAUUAACAAAGCAGUUCCCUCGAAAUUUUCAGUGGCUGUCAAAACCCCAAGAGUGACACCAGCUAAAGUUUCUGGUACUCCAAAGAGAAUAACCCUACCAUUAAAGAUACCCCAUAUUGGUUCCAAACGUGAUUCGCUUCCAGCGUCAUGUACUCCAGGAAGCAAAUCUUCUCAUCCUACACGCAGAGCAUCUCUUCCAUUCCCAAUGAAAGCUCCAAACUUAGCUACCCCUUAUAGGGCUAACAUUGGCCUUCUGCCUAAUGUGGUGUCUCCAGAUGUUUCUGUUAAUGCUCCAAGAAUUGACAAGAUUGCUGAAUUCCCAUUGGCUUCUUCUGAGGAUCCUUGCAUUCCCAUCCUUGGAACAUCAUCAACUUCAGCACAAUGCUCUUCAUCUCCAGGCAGUGCUGACUGUUCAAUCACGAAAGACAAGUGUACAGUCCAGGUUUUGGACAGAGCUGUUACCAAGAUUCAUUUAACUGAUACCAGCCUUGAAGUUGCACAAACUGGAAGUGAAUGCUCAGAGCAUAAUCCAACUACUGCUGUUUCAAGCCGAUCUUCAGAGUCACGACACCGCCGGUUUGACACCUCGUCGUACCAACAGCGUGCAGAAGCAUUAGAAGGUUUGCUCGAGUUUAGUGCACAGCUCUUGCAACAGAAACGGUUCGAAGAGCUUGGAGUGCUGUUGAAGCCAUUUGGACCUGAGAAUGUUUCUCCUAGAGAAACUGCCAUUUGGCUGGCAAAGAGCUUCAAAGAGACUUCAGUCUAGAAUGCCUAUCACAUGGUUGUUGCUGCUUGUACAUUGACAAAUAAAUUUUUCUAGGAGAAAAUUAGGGCGUGUCUUCACACUCGAAGACACUUAGAGGUUGUAUUCUGAGAGGCUGUUUCAACUUGAAAAGUUAUAUGAAAUGGAAAUUUCCUGGAA